GCGGCGUGCACCGGGAGUUGUGGUCUCUUUCUUCCUGGCGCUGUUGCCGUGGGCAACAGUCCCUUCUGGCCCGAGUGUCCGGCCAAGAGCGGCGACGGCCUCCGCGGAAGGACUUCGUGGGAGGAGGAUGGCUUCAGUAAGAAAACCCAGCCGUCUCUCACACAGUAUCUUUGGUGACUUCAGUGAUGUUUCCUUAGAAGAUUCAAAGAUGGAAGAAAACAGGAACUUGAAAAUCAGUAGAAGUCUCACCAAAAUAGCACCCGGUCAGAGCAGAUUUCUAAAAAGAAACCAGACUAUGGGUGGAGAACGCUUACUCCCGAAAGAGAGCACUGUCCUGGGGAGUGGGCCCUGGCUCUGCUCGGGUAGACCCCCCACCACUGCCUCGAAGGCCAGGGCCAAUGCCGCGCUUACGAAGCUGGCCCAGAUCGAAACCAAGAUCAGGAACCGAAAGGUGCGGAUGGAGUUGUCUGACGUGGAAUCUGACCUGCAGACCUCUGAGGGCAGCCUUCCAAGCAGAGCAGACGGGAUUCCCCCCAGCAGGACGGUUGAACUUUCUCCACGGGACACAGACAAAGCCUCCCCAAAACAGGCCCGUGAAAUUCCUGUCCCUGAGAGUGACGUGCCACGUAGGAAGGUCAGUAGGUUUCUAAAGAAGAGAGAGCCACCAGCUGAAAAGAUCUCCCCUGAAGCACAUGUUGGGAAAGAGGGGGAUUCUCAAACACCCAAAGAGGAAAAACCUGUUAGAAACUUGGAUUCUCCAGACAGUGAUGAAGAGGAAAUGAAAGAGUUGCUGGGCAGCUUGAUGGAAUCUCCUAGAGAAAAAGAGGCCUCCACGAAGCAGGGUUUCACCAGCACCAAAGCCAGUGAGAAAGAACAAAUAAAACUCUCCUCGGAUCAGAUCCGAACUCAACCUAGAGACCUUUCACUGCCCAGUAAGGAACUUUCCAGCCCCAAGCCGUUUCGGGCAUCGCGUCUGCCAGGCUCACAGUCAGCAGAUGGGACCCUUCACAGUCUUGGCUCGAGAGCUCGUGCCCCACAGACUCACAUUUCAGGUGACACAGCCUCCCGCUCAGCGUCACUUUCCAUCACCGGCUCCUUUCCGAAGUCAGUGCCCUCGACGACGGGGGAGGCCAAGCUCUCAUCCUCCCCCAGGAGUGAGGCUGGGCCUCAGGAUGAGUGCCCCUCAGAAGCCGCCGAUGACAGCCUGAAUGAUUUUAGGAUAAAUAUUUUAUCCCUUGAUGAUCUGGCUCCAGCUGUCAGUGAGAAAUCAGACUUGGAACUGGAAAAAGGAGGUCAAGGGGAAAAGGCCUCCAGCAAAAGUCCCUGGGCAGGGGACCCCGCCUCUGGAAGCGAGAUCUCUGAGCGCCUGAGUGAAGGGUCAGCCUCGGGCACUGAGGGCCUGGGGCCCGUGUCUCAGGAACCUGCGGCCAGCGCAGGGAGCUUGGCUUAUUCGGAAGACUUUGAAGAUUCCCCCAGUCCGACAGCAUCUGAGUCGCUGGCCCAUUCCGAGGGGUCUCCCGACAGGACGCUGGCCACUUUGUCUGAAUUCUCGGCGAGCCUGAAGACGGACCUUCCUCCACCAACGCCCAAGUCUCAGAAGAAGCGGGCCAGGGCCGUGACGAGAGUCGUGGUGAGGGAGACGGCUGUGCAGACCCUCGGUCCCGCCUUCACCUACGAGUGGUCUGAUGCAGCCGGUGUGGCGGCCAUCGGACCAGCCCUGGGAGGCACUUACGUGGACCCCACGCCCAUCACCAGCCACGUUGUCAGUGCGGACACCAUAGAAGCCCUGACAGCACACAGCCCGGCCACCUGUGCGCUCAACGACGUGCUGAAGCAGCAGCUGAGCCUGACACAGCAGUUCAUAGAGGCCAGCCGGCACCUGCACGCGUCCCUCCUGCGCUCCCUGGACCAGGACUCGUUCCACUACCACACCCUGGAGGAGACCAAAGAGCCUGACUGGGAGCCCCUGGGGACAAGUGCCAUCUCCAGUACCCAGAGCUGCCGUGGACCUGAGGCGGCAGUGGUGAUGGCUUCCCUGUGUAUCCUCUACCCCACAGUACAUCAGACAACACAGGCCCGCCCCGCUGACCAUGGAGGAGGCUCUGGAGGAGGCAAAGAAGGAGCUAUGAAUCCCAGCCCCCAUUUCUGCAGCGUGCCGGACACCCGAGAGGACGCACCACAGGCCGCUGUAAAUGGAACCCUGGGUGGAGAAGCCACCACCCACGGCAGGACAGAGGAUGUCGGACCUUGUGGAGCGGCGCCACAUGGCCAGGUGCUGGCCUUCUCAUACGCGGGGGCAGAUGGCAGGGGUGAGCAGUCCGGCUACUAAUGAGGAGACAGGGCCAGGCGUCCACGCUGGGGACUCCCGUGUGAGACACCAGGGCAGAGCUGACCUGACUCUGCAACUCAAAGUCUGUGCUGAGGACGCACCACCUCCCUGCUCAGUCUGAGCGCGCUUCUGACUUAAACGCACAGAGAAAAAGAUCUUUAAAAAAAGUCUUUAUUUGAAGGCAAAACAGUAAAAUCCACAAGAAAUUGUUAACAACGUAUGUUUACAUUUGAUCCUGAAUCAGACACGUUUGAACAAUUCACAGCUACAGGAAACCUAGAACAAAAUCAAGUAUUUUAUCACAUCAGGUUGAAAAGUUGGAGAGGACUUUGUGUCUUAUUGAAAAGAAUUUUUCAAAAAUGUUUCUGUACAAACAAAUGGCACCGCACCAAGCUGCCAGCCAAGUGUGGCCAAUCCCGGCGGUUACCCCGGGCUCCCGGCAGAGACGGCUCCCUCCGCCUCCCCUCCCUUUAGGGGUGGGUGGGGACAGGCAAAGUGACAGAGCAGGUGGCGGGGCCAGUGGUCACUCUCCACACCCUGGAUGCGAAUGGGCCGUCGCAUAUGAGUGCUGGUGUGGGGGUUCCUCUAAGUGAAAAACGCAAGUAGAGACGCUAAGGGCACAGAUCCUCCGAGGGCGGUGUCGUUCCAUGAUCUGAAGAUGCCUCAGGUCAGCUUCCUUAGAACCUUUUGUUUCUGCAGGUAACAGCAAAUGGCGAACAUUCAAACAAAACAAAACAAAAAAACUCACACAGCUAAAAUAACUGAACUGGUGGCCAGUAUGUCUCAGAGGAGUCAGGCUUCAAAUUAUCUCACUGGGAAUCAGCCUAGAUCAGUAUUCUUUUUUCUAAAACUAAACCAUUUGGAAUAAAAAUGAAAACCCUGUUUAA